AUUGGGGCAAGCCCACUUGUUUUCUUGAAAACUUGACAUCGAUUUUUGUGAUAUACAAGUAUAACAACAACAAACUCAACUGUGAAGAGGAUAUUAAUACUAUUAGGUUUUAAAAAACGUUAAGGCACUUCGUUUGCGUUAAAAUGACAAAAAGUGUUUCUAGAGGGCGCAGAAUAAUAGCAGAACAAAACCAACUCAAACAAUUACUCUUGAUGAGAAAGGGGAAUGCAAUAAAUAUGAAAAAAAAAUAUCUGUCAACCCAAACAAUAUCUGACUAAUUACUAUGCAAUUGAUCUGGAUUAAAAAUUCGCUGAUGUUUCGAUGUAAUCAGUCGUAAAAGAAAGCGAAAAAGUUUUGUAACUGAAGCUGCCUAGGACACGAUUCGUUGAAUGAGGAAUCUGGAAUUUCAGCAUUCCUCGUUUUGCGAGAUUUUGUCACAUAAUCUUGGUUAAUACCACAUAUUGCGUGGUUAAUAUUUUACAUAAUGAACUGUCGCGAGGAUGACGGUUGGUCUUCGAAGCGCUGUCGUAAAACUUAACCGUUCAGUGGUGGCGGAACUGAUUCAGUUACAUUAAUGAAACUUCGAAAAAAGGAAGAAUUGCCGUUUUUUUCGUGGACUCAAAGGAACAAAGUAUUGACACGAUGAAGUCUUCGUCUUGUCCAUUUACUGUGACUGCGGCUUCUUGUUUGUUCCUUUGCAUUACCGUUUCCCUUUCCAUGUUGUGUGUUUCACUUUGGCUCACUAGUCAAGGACUAACAAAUUAUGUGGAGUCCAUGAAGUAUAAAGUGCAGAAAGAAGGUCAAAUGGGCAAGCGUGGGUUUACGUUCACUACAGGCGGAACUUCAUUUCACAGACGAAGCGGUCGAGACAAAACGGGCUUUGUUGACAAUCACUUAAUUGAUGAGGCAUUCUCUGACUCUUGGCUUAAAAUACGUAAACAUCGUACCCGUCUACUAACACGAACAAAGUGUCUGCAAGAUUUGUUCCUCAUAAUACUUGUCUCUAGCUCUCCUGAAGCAUACAAAGACCGAAUGGUUAUUCGUCAUACCUGGGGAACGGAUAACGCACUUCAUCGGAAAUGGAAGACGGUGUUUCUCAUCGGCGAAGCUGGAAGCGUUGACAUUUCCUAUCGCAUCUCGCGCGAAGCACAGAUAUUUGGCGACAUCAUCCAGGGUGACUACGCUGAAACGUUUACAAAUAAAGUGUUUAAGAUUCAGUCAGGAUUUGAAUGGGCAGCAAAGUACUGUAGGUUUCAAUACAUGCUCAAGACAGAUGAUGACGUGUUCGUAAAUACUCGCGGUCUCAUCGAGUUACUCAGCAAAACCGGCACGGCAAAUACAGACUUUUAUUUUGGACAUUUAAUGCAUGGAAACCCUGUUCUUCGCCAUGGUUUCUACGGUGUUUCAGAAGAAGAUCAUCCCGAAAAUGUUUACAAAGAUUACAUAUCAGGAGGCGGUUAUGUGCUCUCGAGGGAUCUGGUCUUGAAAUUUAUUCCAUUGUUUGACGUUGUGAAACCACUCAAAGUUGAUGAUGCGUAUGUGGGAAUCUUGGCGGCUGAUUUGGGUAUUCAGCCCAUCUCUAGCACAACGUUUUUGAUGUAUAAUGAUAAUAAACCUUGUAAGGAUGAUCCCAAUAUUUUGCUCAUUAGGCCAGUUGAUCACGAUUGCAUGGUCAAACUUUUCGACGACACACAGAUGAAAUUACUUUCUCAGGGAACUACAACUCAGAGAUCAAAUAGAUAGUUGAUAAUAAUAUAUGCUAGCGUGGCGUCAAAGCCAUUUGUGAAAUUACUGUAUUCUUUGAAAUAAAUUUUAUCAUAAGCAAGUUAAA